CGACGAACCUCAUUUCCCACCAACUCUUCCAACCUCUCCUCCCAUCAUCACAACUCACAGAAAAGCAACCUUCCCACCUUAAUAAUCCACUCAUCACCACCAGCCCAACAGCUUCCGGCACUCGACAGCCUCGUACUCGUUGAUCAACACAUAAUUCCCACAUAAUUUACAUUUCAAUCGACCAACCUAUCUUCAAGAUGUUCUCGAUUAACAAGGUUGCCUUUGUGGCUGUCGGUGCUCUGGCUGCCGUUGCCGGCGCUCAGGAGAGGAACACCACCGACAUCAGCUCCUUCCCCGAAUGCGCUCAAUGGUGUGUCGAAGACAUGCAGAAGUCUGAGAAGGCCUCGGAGCUGGGCUGCAGUGAUGGUGACGACGCCUGCUUGUGCCGCAACGCCAACUUUGCCUACGGUGUUCGGGACUGCUCCGCCCAGUACUGCAAUGACAGGACCACUGGCCUCGAUGCUAUCAAAUACGUUUUCGACUGGUGCGACAAGGAGGGUGUUCAACUGUCCUCGGUCGUUUCGGCUGGUGCCACCAACGCUACCGGAAUUGCGACUCCUACCGGUGCUGCUGGAGGUGCUGGUUCUGCCAGUGCCAGCACUAGCCCCGUCACUACUGCCGAGUACACCUCGACCAUGACCACUGACGGCUCCACCGUUACCACCACUGGAUUCACCACUGUCACCCCCAGCGCUACCGCCUCGGGCGUUGUCAGCACCAUCACCUCGGAUGGCUCGACUUUCGUGUCUACCAUCGCCUCGUCCGCCUCGGACAUGGUCAGCACCAUCACCUCGGACGGCUCGACCUUUGUGUCCACCAUCGCCGCGUCUGCUUCGAACGCUGUCAGCACUAUCGUUUCGGACGGCUCGACCUUCGUCUCGACCCUGACUGACGCCGCCGGAUCUGUCACCUCGAGGGCUGGUGAUGCUGCUUCCAGCGCCACCGACGCUGCGGGCACCUCCGCCACUGCUGAGGGCUUCGCCCCUCAGAUGACUGCCGCUCCCGCUGGUAUCCUGGCUUUGGCUGGUGUCGCUGCCUUCCUUCUCUAAGCACAUCACAUUAAACAACUCUCGUCUAUACGGCGUUUGUUCUUUGAUAUGAUUAUGUUUGCAUGACUGCAUAUGCUGCGACUUAAUGUCCCCUUCUCUCAUCCACUCACGCACUAAUUUCUUGGUCGCUGUUUUCUCAUAAUCCCACGGAGACACAUCAUACCAAAACACCUCAAUAUCUACCCCCACGUGGAUUACUUGGAGAAGGGGCUUGUUUUCUUGAACGAUGAUAAAAGGGGCGUCAGGGAAUUUCUUCGGUUCUUUUUGAUGAUUCAUGGAUCACACAGGACAUAUUCUCGAGGUUGUUCUUAACUCUUACUGAAAGAUAAUUUUCGAAGAUUUUUGGUCCAUUCUCAAGUCUGCCUAUCGGGUUUAUGUGUUUGACGUCUUGCCUGAUAUUCUUUGAGCCCACACGGACAAGGAUAGCCUACUUAUUGAAGAGGUCACCAGGUAUUAUUGACUAGAGGAUAGAUAGAAAAAAAUGUUUUGACCCAUUGUCUUGAGCACUCCUCUAUGAUUUCCAGUCAGUCACCCACAGCCUAGCAUGACUUGCAAACCCUGGUGCUUCUAUGGGCUGUUCCUAAAUGUG